AUGUUGGAAAGUCUCGUCGCCAACCUUCUCAAUCGAUUCUUGGGCAUGUACGUCAAGAACUUCGACCCCAAGCAGCUCAAUGUCGGCAUUUGGUCGGGUGAUGUCAAGUUGCGCAACCUCGCGCUGAGGAGGGAAGCCCUUGAUCAACUGCAUUUGCCCAUCAAUGUGGUGGAAGGCCAUUUGGGUGAACUGACCUUGUCAAUACCGUGGUCCAACCUGAGAGGAAAGCCCGUCAAAGUCAACAUCGAAGACGUCUUUCUGCUCGCCGCGCCCAAGGAGGAAGAUGAUUAUGACCCCGAGGAGGAGGACAAGCGGGCGACGGCUGUAAAACUGGAAAAGCUCGAGAGCGCCGAGUUGCUCAAGGAGCGGAACACUGAGGCUAUGAGUCCAGAGGAACAGCAGAAGAGUCAAAGCUUCACGCAGAGCUUUGUGGCAGCCAUUGUUGACAACCUUCAAGUCAGCAUUAAAAAUAUCCACAUUCGAUAUGAAGACUCUAUCGCGACACCUGGUCAUCCCUUCGCCGUGGGCUUCACGCUCAAGGAAAUGAGCGCCGUCUCGACCGAUGCGGAUUGGCAACCGACAUUUAUCCAAUCCACCUCAGGAACCACUCACAAAUUGGCGGUGCUGAAUUCGCUGGCUCUCUAUUGGAACACUGACGCAGAUCUUUUUGGUACCGGCAAGGGCGGUGAUAUUGGCGCCGAGGCACAAGAAAUCGACAGAGAUGAGCUGAUACGCCGCUUCAGAGCAGGCAUAGAAGACACCAGCCACUCACAAUAUCUGCUCAAGCCAGUCAGCGGUCGCGCUGGAAUCGAGAUGGACAAAACGGGUCGGACAGACAAACCAAAGACCAAAGCACGUCUUCUUUUCCAGGAGCUCGGAUUCAUCAUCGACGAUGACCAGUACCGGGACGCCCUGAUGCUUGUGGAUCUGAUGCACUACUUCGUCCGCCAUCACGAGUACAAGCAGGAUGCACCAAAAGAGAGCCCGAAAGAGAACCCUCGAGCCUGGCUCAGAUUCGCGGGAAACGCCGUCCUGACCAAAAUCCAGGAGCGGAAUAGGAAGUGGACUUGGGAGUAUUUCAAGGAGCGCAGGGACACCCGACGCAGGUACAUUGAACUUUUUAAGAAAAAGAAGAGGGAGCAAAAGUUCACCGAGCAGGAAACAAAAGAAAUGACCCAGCUGGAGCACGAUCUAAGCUAUGAAGAUCUGCGAUUCUGGCGGUCGCUUGCCCGCACGCAGUUGCGCAAGGAAAAUGUGGGCGUCAAGAAGCCAGUGCAAAAGCAGACCUGGUCGUCUUGGAUCUGGGGCACCCAAACCGAUGAGACCCCAGAUGAUGAAGAUGCCGGCAUGACAGAACAACAGCGUAAGGAGCUGUACGACGCCAUCGACUGGGACGAAAAGAAAGCGAUUGCCGAGAGUGUCGACCUGCCUCGAGAGAGCGUCAAACUUCAAGUGGAAUCGAGUCUCAGGACCGGCAGCUUCACGUUGAAACGUGACCCGCAUGGUCAACAAACCGAGGUCCUCAAACUGGUUUUUGACAAUUUUAGGGCAAAGGCACUUCAACGGCCUGAUUCUUUCUUGGCGGAACUGGCACUCGGGGGCUUUCGUGUUUACGACGGCACGACAGAAGGAACCUUGUUCCCACAGAUUGUCAGAGUCAAGGGGGUCGAGAAUCAGCCCAAGGAUGAAGUGAAGCAAGAGGAUACUGAAAGCUUGGAGGACGAAGGAGAGGCAGAAGACGACGCCGCAGAGAAAGAAGAUCAGGAGGAAGACAGCUUAUUCCACCUUGUUUUCGAAAACAAUCCCCUUGAUGAGAGCGCCGAUACAAAAGUCAAUUUGAAGCUCAAGAGUCUCGAGUUCAUCCACAAUCCAAAGUUUGUGGUCGAAAUUGUCAAGUUUUUCAAACCUCCAGAACGACAAAUGGAAUCCAUUGGAGCGCUGCUCGAGACUGCAGGUGCAACAGUGGAAGAGAUUCGUCAGCAAACACGCGCAGGCCUUGAGUUUGCAUUAGAAGAGCAUAAAACCAUCAAUGCGAACCUGGACAUCCAUGCACCUAUCUUCAUCAUCCCUGAAAGUAUCACGGAAAAGAGUACACUCUGCAUGAUCCUUGACGCUGGUCACGUCAGCGUCAACAGCGAACUCGUGGACAAGGAGACAAUGCGGGAUAUCCACGCUAAACAAAAGCAGAAAUACACCGAAGAGGAUUACAAACAGCUCGAGGGUUUGAUGUAUGACAAAUUCCACCUGAAGCUCGAAUCGACUCAGGUCCUGAUUGGGCCUGGCAUUGAAGAGACAAAGGCACAGUUGGAAGCACAAGACGACUCACAGAACAUGCACAUCAUCGACCGCAUAAACAUGGCCUUCCUCUUGGAGAACUCGAUAAUACCAAAAGCCCCCGACAUAACAAAGAUCCGCAUCUCGGGCACGAUACCUGUUCUCCAUGCGUCCAUCUCGGAUAAGAAAUACAAAAAUCUCAUGAGGCUAAUAGAUGUCGCGAUUCCGAAAUUUGAACCUCCGGGAACGCAACCAAAUGGCAACGCCGUCGAGUUGCGGCCGCAAAAAGGCAUUGAAGACCAGUUAUCGAAGAGGAAGUCCGUGCAAUUGCUCGAAGCCAAGGAUAUGCCAGUCAUUGAGCACGAUUCGGAUUCAGAGGAUGUUUCCACCGAAAAGCACCCGAGCAAGCCUGAAACACCUGCUAAUAUACAUCAGCGCAAUUUUGAGAUCAGCUUCACGGUCGAAAAACUGCAGGCCUCAUUGUACAAAGCCGAUCCAGAGGGCAAGAGGCCAGACCAGCUAUUGGCGGAACUGGUUGCGGAGCGCUUCUAUUUCGAAUUCUAUCUUCGACCCUACGAUAUGGUGGCAGAAGUGCUUCUGCGUUCUCUAAGCGUCGACGAUCACAUUGAAGAGGAACCACUGCCCGAAUUCAAGCAGAUAAUUUCUUCCAAGGGCUUCAAUGCAGAAGAGGGAAAAGACCUGCUCAACGUCAAAUUCGUGAAAGUCAACCCUGAAUCGCCCGAAUUCCAGUCUACCUAUGAGGGUAUUGCCACCAAUCUUGACGUAUCCGUAUCUACUAUCAACGUAAUCGUCACAAGGAGGACACUGCUAACUCUGCUGGAUUUUGUCCUUACAACAUUCACGAGUCCUGGAGAUCAACAACCGGUGCAAAAAGAUCCAGACGACCCGGAAGAGUCAGUUGGAGAUCCUCAAACAGCAAGGCCCCAAGCAGAUAAGAUCAGAAUCAAAGCCCAGUUAACCAGCAUAGCGCUUAUUCUGAACAACGACGGCGUGCGGCUUGCGACCCUAUCAUUGAAUUCCGGUGAUGUUGGAGUCUUCCUUGAUGCAGGCACCAUGCAGGUCAAGGCGAGAUUAGGUAGUUUAUCCUUGGUCGACGACAUCAACCAGGGUGCACCUAAAGACUCUCCGCUGCGCCGAUUGAUUGCCAUCGAAGGAGAUGACCUAGCGGAUUUCAAGUUCCAGACCUUUGACCCUUCCCGCAAGGACUACCCGGGAUAUGAUUCGGGAAUCUAUCUCCGGUCAGGUUCAAUCAAAUUCAAUUUCUUGGAGGAGCCGUUCCGGAAGAUUAUGGAGUUCGGGGUCAAAUUUGGGAAAAUGCAAGCCAUUUUCAAUGCGGCCAGACAGGCUGCAGCCAACCAAGCUACACAGGUGCAAGAAAGCGCGCAGAAGAUGCACUUCGAUGUCAUCAUCAAGACACCAAUCGUCGUUUUCCCCCGAGCCAUGGUCGAAGAUAGGCCUCGCGAUCUACUCACGGCAUAUCUUGGCGAGAUCUAUGCGAACAACAAAUUCGUCCGAGUCCAGGGCUCAAAGGGUGGGCCUCUUGUCAACACACUCACAGCCGGCAUCAGACAUAUUCGGUUGACCAGCGAGUUUCACUACAGCGACGGCAGAUCUCAAGAGCUAGAGAUGAUUGAUAAAGUUGAUCUCGACUUCAAAAUCCGAUAUCUUGAGCACCAAGAGGGCAUCGAGAGACCAGACCUUGAAAUUAAUGGUUCCAUGUCGCCAAUAAACCUAAGGGUAUCCCACACUCAAUUCAAAUUCUUGAUGGAGCUGUCAAAAUCCAUUCCGGCAGCCUUUGCAACCGAAGACGAGAGUGAGGAGGAUAUUGCUGAGGAAUUACCGUCAUCCACAACAGAAAGUGCGAAGGCCGCUGAACCUGAAACAACCACAUCCGAGUUACCUGCUAAGCCAUCAUACCAAGGUCCUGAGCUCGGAACCGGUGAGGAGACGUGGACCAAAUUAAAUUUAAUAUUCAAAGCACCAAUGGUUGCCCUGGAAUUGAUCCUUGCAGAUGAAGACGAGCCGAUUGAGAACCUCGAGGCGGCCAGCCUCUCAAAAUUCUCCAUAAACGAGACAAAUGCCAAAUUGAGAAUGGUCAGCGACGGUGCUAUGGAGGCCGAGCUCGUGAUUCACUCUUUCACCAUCCGCGACAGCCGCACGAAAGAAACAAAUAAGUUCCGAAAGAUAAUGUCUUUGAUCAACAACGAAGUACAGCAACAGUUCAUGGCCAGUCUGUCUAUUACGGGCAGAGAAGAUCGCCACAUGAUUGUCAUGCUUACCAUCGACAGUCCUCGGGUCAUUGUCGCUCUGGACUACAUCUUUGCCCUUCAGGCUUUCGCAAACACGGCGCUACAGUCCGAUGGGGCAUUGCCUAUUGCCGAUGUCGAAGAUUUAACUGAAAAUAGCGAGCCAAGCCUCAAAGAGCAGGGCCAGACAGAAGUUGGUAUCCCGGAGACCUCAUCCGCCAGUCAACCAUCAAUGACCAUAUCGUUUCGGCUCAACAUUGUCGAUGCGCAGAUCAUCCUCAUUGCAAACCCCACCAUCUCCAAUACUGAGGCUAUUGUCCUUGGGACCAAGGAAGUCCUCGUGUCAAAACAAAACGCGACGACGUUGCAGGUCAGUAAGAUCGGCAUGUUUCUGUGCCGGAUGGAUCGCUUUGAAACCAGCCGUCUUCGGAUACUCGACGACUUCAGCAUCCAAAUGUCCAUGGACAAUCGAAGCCAGGGCAAAGACUCCUCGUUGACGUCGAUUCACAUUGGUGUAGAGCCUCUUGUCCUACGCCUGUCACUUCGUGACAUAUUGCUUGCGAUGCAAAUCGUCAGCAAGGCUUCGUCUACGAUGCCGCAACCAAAGAUGCAAGGAGAUACGGAGCCAAAGAAGCUCAAAGAUGUGAAAGCAUCUUCCAAGGCACCUUCAACGAAACGCAAGUCGAUCACGGGGCAAUCAACCACGGCGCAGAGAUCCAAGCGAUCAAAAUCAGUCUCCAAAUCGACCAAAUCUGGACCACAGCAGCAUCAUACAAAGUCGGUGGUCAUGAGUCGGGAAGAGAUGGUCGCACAAAUUGACGGCAUCCGGAUCAUCUUGAUUGGAGACAUGCACGAGCUCCCACUGUUGGAUUGGAGUGUGAAGAAGUUUGAUAUUGAUAUCCGCGAUUGGUCCAGUUCCCUCACAGCCGACACCAAGAUCGACACUUUCAUCAACGUAUACAAUUUCUCAAAAUCAGCAUGGGAGCCUUUAAUCGAACCUUGGUCUUUAGGCUUCCAUAUGUCCAAACAACUUCAACCCGAAGUCCUAUCCAUGGAGCUGUAUUCGCACAAGAAUAUGGAACUAACGAUCACGUCGGCUACAAUUGCACUUGCGUCUAAAUCCUUUAACUUCCUCUCGACAGACGAGGACAUCCUGUCAAAGCCGCGAGUGGCGGACGCGCCAUAUCGGAUACGCAAUUACACUGGAUUUGAUCUCAGCGUUUGGGCGGAUGAGAAGAGCGAUAGUGCAGCUGCAGCCAAGCUCACCGAUGGUGAAGAACAUGCCUGGCGAUUUGAAGAUGCAACCUCCAUGCGUGAGAGUCUCUCGCCGGAAGGGAAUGCCGGCCUAGUGGGUGUCAGACUUGAGGGUAGCGGGUUUGACAGCGUUGUCAGGAUCCCUGUCAUCCGCGAAGGAGAAACCCUGUACAAUCUCAAGCCGAGGAAGGAAGGUGUUCUACACCGCAUGCUUGUCGAGGUCAGACUAGGGUCUGACAACGUCAAGUACAUUACUUUCCGCUCACCUCUCCUCGUCGAGAACAAGACCCAGAUACCCAUUGAGGUAGGCGUCUAUAGUCCGGUCGAAGGCCAUCUCCUGAAGAUAGAAAAAAUCCCUCCUGGUGAAGGCAAACCGGCCCCUGUGGGAGCAGCAUUCGUCCACUCGUUGGUCAUACGUCCCGACCCGGGAUUUGGAUAUGGGUGGUCGAAUGAACGAUUGUUCUGGAAAGACCUUCUGAAAAGACAAACUAGGGCUCUCACGUGUGAGUCGGAGGGCAGGGAUGAGUCGCCACCCUUCUUUUUCCAGAUGCAUGCAUCCUACGAUGAGAAAGACCCCAUUACGAAGGUCUACCCAUACAUGAGAAUCCAAGUCUCGGCACCCGUUGAGAUCCAGAACCUGUUACCGUAUGACUUCAAAUAUCGCAUCUAUGAUAAGAACACGAAGAAGGAUUGGAUGAACUUUCUCCGCAAGGGAGGCGUGAGCCCUGUCCAUGUCGUGGAACUAUCUCACCUUCUGUUACUGAGCGUUGAAGUGGAGGAUGCGCCCUUCAAACAGAGCGAUUUUGCGAUCAUCAACAGUGACACUCAAGAAGGAUUCCGCCGGGAGAAAGUACUACAGUUGAAGGAUGAGAGAGGUGCCCAACUGAGACUAAAGCUCCAUUACACGAACAUUAAAGACAGUGGAGGGGCCUUCAGGGUAUCGGUGUACAGCCCAUACGUCCUCCUAAACAAAACCGGGCUUGACAUGAGUGUUCAGAGCAAGGCGUUCUUCGGGUCUUCCUCAAAAGCUUCAUCCCCCCAUGGAGCACGGACAAGUUCUGGAGAAGGGAAAGCUCUGCCGAUGUUGUACUCUUACGGUACCGACGACCGCAAAAACCGCUCUCUCCUCAAGAUCGGUGACUCCAUGUGGAGCAAGCCACAAAGUUUCGACGCAAUCGGAAGUUCUUAUGAGGUCGUUUUGCCCGCUGCUUCCGGCAAGUCGGAACUGCAUGUCGGGGUGUCUGUUGCAGAAGGCGAAGGCAAAUACACCUUGACUAAGGUUGUCACCAUAGCACCGCGCUUUGUGCUCAAAAAUAAAAUCGGGGAAGACAUUGAGCUCCGAGAACCUGGUUCGUCAGAAGUUUGGAAGAUGAAGAACAACGAUCUUCUUCCCAUGUACUUUAUGCGACAAUCUCCUGAGAAGCAGCUUUGCCUGUGCUUCCCUGGAGUCAACAACCAAUGGUCAUCUCCCUUCAACAUGGCAAAUGUCGGCAUGACCCAUGUCAAACUCGCCAAACAUAGUCAAAGACAAAGGCUCAUCCGCAUCGAAAUUAUCCUGGAGGACGCUACCUUGUUUUUACACUUCAGCAUCGAAACUAAGCAUUGGCCGUUCUCGAUGAGAAACGAAAGUGAUACCGAAUUCGUAUUCUUCCAGGCAAACCCCAACCUUGGAGAAGAUGAAGAAGAAGACAGAGGAAGCGGCUGGAAGCCCAUUCGGUACAGGCUCCCUCCACGAAGUAUCAUGCCUUAUGCUUGGGACUAUCCCGCUUCGAAGAACAAGGAGCUCGUCCUUUCCGCUUGGGGAAAAGAGAGAUACGUCAAACUGGCAGAAAUAGGCAACUUGAUACCGAUCAAACUGCCACCAGGUGAACGUAAUCGGCCAAUGAAAGUGAUCGAUAUUAAUAUUGUUGCUGAUGGACCAACGCAGACAUUGGUAUUGUCCAACUACAAGCCGACCAGGUCGUUGUACCGACAGAGGACGGGUAUGACGAUUGCAUCACAGACAAGCCUCAACCAAGGCUUUGAAGUCAAGCAAAUUGAAUCAGAGGUCAACUUCAAAGCCGAGUUGCGACUGGCUGGCAUAGGAAUUUCGUUGGUUAACAGCAAGCUGAAGGAACUCAUGUAUGUCACAUUCCGGGAGAUGGAUCUCAAGUACGGGGACUCCAAGCUGUACCAAACAUUGAACUUCACAGUCAAAUGGAUACAGAUUGACAACCAACUGUAUGGGGGCAUCUUCCCGAUCUUGCUGUACCCAAGCGUGGUGCCCAAAACUGGCAAAGAGAUGGAGGCACAUCCUAUUUUCCACACUAUGGUUACGAGAGUCAAGGACGAUUCAUACGGUGUGCUAUAUAUCAAAUACGCUACCCUACUUCUGCAGCAGAUCACGGUGGAGCUUGACGAAGACUUCAUUUUCGCAAUGCUCGACUUUGUGAAGGUGCCGGGUGCCUCGUGGUCGGAAGAAAAGGAAGGAAAACUGUGCGAUGAGAGUCUCGAUGUACCUGAGCCCAAACGAGAACAACAGGGCCAGGAUGUCUAUUUUGAACUCCUUCACCUGCAGCCCAUCCAGCUUGAUCUCUCUUUCGUGAGAACAGAGCGCAUCAACGCUGAGGAUACUUUUGUCAACAGUCCGCUGAUGUUCUUCGUCAAUGUCAUGACCAUGUCAAUCGGAAAUGUUAACGACGCCCCCAUCCGGCUCAACGCGUUGAUGCUCGAAAACGCGAGGAUAUCCGUUCCAGCUUUGAUCGCCAACAUCCAAAACCACUACACGCAAGAAGUGCUCCGUCAAGUCCAUAUCAUCCUCGGAUCGGCUGACUUCCUGGGCAACCCUGUCGGGCUAUUCAACAACAUCAGCUCUGGUGUUGCCGACAUCUUCUACGAGCCGUACCAGGGCCUCGUUAUGACCGACAGGCCACAAGAGCUCGGUAUAGGAAUUGCCAAAGGAGCAAGCAGUUUCGUCAAGAAGUCUGUCUUCGGCUUUAGUGACAGUAUGGCCAAGUUUAGCGGUUCCAUUUCCAAGGGUCUUGCAGCUGCCACCAUGGACAAGGAGUUCCAAGACCAGAGGCGAAUGUCCAAGAGCCGAAAUCGACCCAAGCACGCCCUCUACGGCGUCACUGCUGGCGGCAACGCCUUUGCCGCCAGCAUGGCCAGUGGUAUUGGCGGCCUCGCUCGUCAUCCGCUCGAAGGAGCAGAAAAAGAAGGCGCUUUGGGCUUCGUCAAAGGCGUAGGAAAGGGAUUCCUUGGUCUGGCCACCAAGCCCGCCGUCGGCGCUUUCGAUCUCGCCUCAAACGUGGCCGAAGGAGUCCGCAACACGACGACGGUAUUUGACUCGGAAGGGCUCGACCGUGUUCGUCUGACUCGCUUCAUCGGCAUGGACGGUAUUGUGCGGCCAUACUCUCAACGCGAAGCCCUAGGACAAUUCUGGCUCAAGACCUGCGACGACGGCCGGUAUUUCAACGAAGAAUACAUUGCCCAUUUGGAGCUCGAGGGCGGCGACAUGAUGGUGAUGAUCACCUAUGACCGCAUCUUGAUGAUUCGGACCAAGAAGCUGCGCAUGGAAUGGGACAUCAAAUUGACAGACGUGCAAACCAUCAGCAAAGAGAGGACGGGGAUGAGUAUCGGGUUGAAAGGGGGAGCGAAUGGGCCCUUCAUUCCUGUGGCGGAUGAGGGGAGCAGGAACUGGCUGUACAAGCAAAUUGCUAUUGCCGUGAACGCAUUUAACGACAAGUACAACGCAAAAGGAUGA